AUGAUUGUGCGCCAGUUGUUCACCCGUUUGGUCUUCAACCUUCAGUUCGAGUCCUCCCUUUCCAUGGAGAUCAUCUCCUUCUGGAUGUGGCUUGAAGGGAUUGGUCAUGCUGACUUCCUUGCAAGCAUAGACUCACUCGACAACUACCGUCUGCACUCAAUCGCCUCGGGUGCAAAAAUGUUUAUUGAAGCUCUGCGUCUUAGGUCCAUCCAGCAGUCAAAUCAUAGAUCUGUGGAAGGGGGCUAUUUCCGCAAAGAAGCUGUGAAAGGCAUUGUUUUCUACCUCAACAAUGUCUGCUACAGGGUCUUAGAAGACAUUCUCGAAGUAGCGACAUCAAAAGAAAACAUCUACCGCCGUGCCAACCAAGCUCAGCAGCAAUACGUGAAGGGCAAAGCUCCCAUGACCAUGACCACGAAGGAUCUCCUGUCCAAGAUCAAGGCUUCUUUUAUUAGUGCUCGUAGCCAUCAAGAAGGCUCAAGUUCUAGAAGCAUUGUGGUGCCGUCUCCAAAAACUCACAUCCUCAAGGAUAUAGAAAAUCCAAUCGAACAGUGCCUCUCAUCAACAUACCCUUUGGCAAGCCUCUUCGAGGCUCUUAACAUAAGGGAGGAGGAGGAGGAGGAGGAGCCAGCUGAUAUCCAGAUACAGCAACAGCCCAACGUACCACGUGAUGAGAGAACCCUCUUCGUGACUUUCUCCAAUGGCUACCCAUUUACUGCAGAUGAACUCUAUGAGUUCUUCAUUGGGAACUUUGGAGAUGUUGAAGUCAUAAGUGUGCAGGAGCCGGUUGCACCUAAGCCACCACUUUAUGCACACAUCACGUUUUACACACAGGACACACUCUUCCGCGUCCUUGCUGGUCACCCGAGGGUCAAGUUCGUGAUACGAGGGAAACAUCUAUGGGCUCGAAAGUUCGUUCCGAAGCGGAAGAAAGCUCACAACUUUUAA